UUCUUCUUGCUGUGCACGACGCGAAAACGUUUUGGCCGGCAAAUAAAUACGCGUAUUUAUCUUUUUCAUUUCAUAAAAGUUGGAUAAAAUAAACAAACAAUAUGUCAGCUGGCAUGCCCAUCAAUCCCAAACCAUUUCUAAAUGGUCUAACCGGCAAGCCUGUGCUCGUAAAACUGAAAUGGGGCCAGGAAUACAAAGGUUUUCUGGUAUCUGUCGAUGGCUACAUGAACAUGCAGCUGGCCAACACCGAGGAAGUCAUCGAGGGCUCCGUUACGGGCAAUCUAGGCGAAGUGCUGAUACGCUGCAACAAUGUGCUCUACAUUAAAGGCAUGGAGGAUGACGACGAGGAGGGUGAAAUGCGUGAUUAAACAAAUGCGACACUAAAGUGGGCGCCAUUCUCAGUACAAGACGUCAUAAGCAAAAGCAACUUAGCAUUAAGACCCCAAAAGUAAUGAAAUAAAACUUGUGUAAUUAUCUAAUAGAAAAA